UGUGAACAAGGUGAAGCAGCAUCAUUCUUUUUUCCAAAAGGAUUUGACAAAAGUAAAUUUCCGCAGUGCCAUCCAGUAAAAAGCUCAGAUACUAAGGAGUUAAUUUUCGUCAGAGAACAUCACAGCGUUAGAUCCAAGAGCUUGUCUACCAUGAAGGCGUUUCUAACCGUCCUUGCGACCACUUUGCUGGUUGCCAUAGUAUCGGGUCAGAAUACUACGCUACCUGCAACGGAAGAUGAGCCAUUCGUCAACCCAGGAGAGAUCGUUCCUGGGCUCACAAUCCCAUAUCUGAUCAACGCUGCUGGCGGCAUCUGGCAGCAGGAUCGUGUCAUUGAUUCCAUGGCCUAUGCUUGCAGAGAGGUCCUACCUUAUAUAGGUUCGGUAAUACCAGAGGUAGACCAGAGAAGUCUGUAUUGGGGUCCGGUCUGUGAUGACGUCAUCGAAGCUUCUGAUGAUCUAGAUGCCUUUGACGCAACGGGGUGGUGUGAUGAUGACAUAAUCCCUAUGAUAAUGAUCACCAACUUGACGUCCCAGGGCAGUGAUGGAAGAUAUCGCAGACAAGCAGGACCAACCACGGAAUACCCUGAAUCCAUGAAUAAUCCCCUGGAUAUCAUUGAAAUCCUGACCAACAUCACCAGAGACCUCUAUGGAAUCGACAUCAACAUGAUCAUCAAUGACCCAUCUACAAUCAACACCAUCUGCACCAACGUCAAGGAGAAUUUCUUGAGGCCAUCUCUUCAAGAUUUGACCUCUCAGUUCGCGGCUGAGUUGCUGAGUGCGUUGCUUCCCCGGGCAGCUCCACUGUGCCAAGACUGGGAUGGUUUCCUCCAGGACUUCGGGAUAAACUCUACCUCUCCAGAGUAUCCUUUGAUCCAGGAUUUUGCUCGUAUAGGAUCUCAAGCUGUGGGGUACGACAACAGGGAGGAACUCUGUCAAGCUAUCACUCAAACACUCUCCGUCCAAGGUGACAAUGGUGAAGCGAGACGGUCAUUCUCAACGGAUUUAAUUCUCAGCCUUUUAGAAAUCCCGACAAACUCCGCCAGGUGUUCAAUGCUGGCCAAUGGAAUAGUCUAUGACGUCAUCGAACCAGUCAUCAACAUCGGCGACGAAUUAAUGAUUACCGAUGAACAGCUUUACCAGUACACGGGAUUCCAAAGACCGAACCCCCUUGAUUCGCUCUGCAUCUUCGUAGAGAAUGCUUUCACAACUGUGGUGGAUCUACCAGACCCAGUUCCAUUCCGGUUCAUCCCAGACACUAAUCUGACUGUCGAGUUCUUUAUCAACGCCGCAGGGGGAGUAUGGAUCCAGGAACGUACCAUUGAUUCUCUAGCCUUUGGAUGCACUGAGUUCCUGCCAGAUCUUGAGUCCAUGAUACCCGAUUUCCGCACGUUCUCUGCUUUUUAUGAGCCAGUCUGCAGAGAGGUACUUGUAGCAGCCAACGACCUGGCAGUCUUCGACGCAGAGAGUUCCUGUACUGAUUUAACAGCUGUUUUUACUGAUUUGAUAUCCACGGACGACGGCAACAGGAAGCGGAGGCAAGCAGAUAUGGCGGAGGAAGAUAUGUUUGAUUUCAUCGGAAUCCUAAGUAAUACUACCAAAGACCUCUACGGCUUGAACAUCUCCGACCAAUCCACCGUAUGUCCCAAUAUCAAGCAGUUUCUAGAACCAUCGUUACCCGAAGUGGCCACCAGAUUUCUCACUGAGCUGACCAGCGCAGUGCUUCCUCAAGCAGCCCCCUACUUUUGUGAAGAUUGGGAACAGUUCCUUUCAAGUGUCGGGAUCUCCAAGACAUCGCCCCACUAUCCAAUCAUCUACGAUUUGGCAGAUAUAGGAUCUCAAAUGCUUGGACAUGACAGCAGGGAUGCUAUCUGCGAGGCCAUUCAACAGGCUCUAUCAUAUGGACGGGCAGACCGGAAGGCCUUAGGGAGGGAUGCUCUUGAGAGUUUUCUCGAUAUCUUCACCGACGUAGAGAGAUGUAUGAUGAUUGGGAAUGACGCAAUUGAUGACAUCAUCGAACCUUUCUUCGGGAUCGAUGUUCCUGGGUUUGAAGUCACGAGCUACCUGAUCUCUCGAUACACCGGUUACAAUGGAGUUAAAGAUAUCUGCAAUGCACUGGAGACGGCAUUUACCGUGUUAUCUGGGAGUACUCUGACACUGACCAUAACCGGUGAAACCCUUAAUGGCGAAGAACUGAUGUACACAACUGACCUGACCAACAUGGCCUCCCCUGCUUUCAAGAAACUUGAAACAAUCUACUGCGGAGUGGCCACGAAUCAUCUCGAGCGGGAGCUAGGAUCAGAUCUUCGUAGACUGGACUGUGUAGCCAAUUCGUUCAAUCCUGGCAGCAUUGUCGCUGAAUUAGAGAUUCAAGUCUUUGCUACCACCCAAGAUGUGGCUGAUUCUCUCGCUGAAGACGUGGCUGAGCUGUCUACCGGUGAAGGUCUCGUUCUCUCCUCCGAUGGGGACUCCCUGUCCGUAUCAUCGUUCUCGGCUACUCCUAAUUCCGCUACUACCAAUGGUGGGCGGGGCUUGUUAACUGGAGCUAUUAUAGGCAUUGCAGUGGGCGUGGUCAUAGUAGAUGUCGUGGUUCUAUAACUCAUUGGAUACUUCGUCGUUCGCCGCCCAGGUCAAAAACGUUCGACGAUUGCCUGAGAGUACUGCAUUAUUUGGUUGGUUUGUUUGAAUGUGUGUUUGCUUGUCUGUUUCUAGUUUGUGCUGAACUCAAUGUUUUUUGGCUUCAAGCACAUCACGCCAUGUUCAGACUGAAGCCCUUGUGUAUCAUCACCCCUUAAUGCACUAUUAUGUUAAUGCUACGUUGGUAUGUAAAGGUAAUAUAUUGUUUAAUGUUUUGUUUGUUUGCUUCUACU